AUGUUCUCGUUCCUUUCCGAACAUGUCCUUCAGCCCAUCCAGUCCAUCUUCACCCGCGGGAGCCGUCCACGGACGGUCCCGCCAGGACACAUGGGCCUGGGCCUGGUGCUGGACAACAUGUAUGUCCAAGUCUAUCUGAAGCCCCCUGAGCUCAAAGAUCCCGAACAAGCUGUUCUCGACACAGAGAACCAGGAUCUGCGGCACAUGUGGGUCACAAACAGUGAGCUGCUAAAAUCCUGCCUGGAUGAAAAAGCAGCCCUCCAACGACAAGUGGAGGAACUUAAAAGCGGAACCAUGACCAUGGACGCUGCAAAACUCCGUGCUUGUCAGAAGGAGAACAAGACUCUGCGCAGGGAGAGAGAGUACAGCAAAGCAGUGGCCAGGCAGCGCUCCCAGCAUACGAGACAGCUGGAACUGCAGCUCAUCACCUGCCAACAUCAGAGGGAUGAUGCUCUCAAAGAGAAGGAGCAGAGUGACGGCAUGGCCAGAGAGUUGGCUGAGAGCAAGAAGCGCCUGGAAAUGUGGCUCAUGGCCUGUGAACGUCAGAGAGAUGAGGCUCGCAGAGAGAGGGAGCGGAGUGACCACAUGGCCAGACAAUUGGUUGAGAGCAAGAAGCGCCUGGAAAUGUGGCUCAUGGACUGCGAACGUCAGAGAGAUGAGGCUCGCAAAGAGAAGGAGCAGAGUGACCACAUGGCCAGAGAGUUGGCUGAGAGCAAGAAGCGCCUGGAAAUGUGGCUCGUGGACUGUGAGCGUCAGAGAGAUGAGGCUCGCAGAGAGAAGGAGCAGAGCGACAGCAUGGCCAGACAGUCGGACGAGAAGGCCAGACAAUUGGCCGAGAACAAUAGGGGCCUGGAAAUGCAGCUCAUGAGCCGCGAUCAUCAGAAAAGUGAGGCCCAAAAAGAGAUUGAGGCCCUCCGUAUAAAGAACGAGGUCUUGGAGCUGGAAUUGGAGGCUCUGAGAUCUCGCCUGGAGACAAAAGAGAAAAGCGAGUCCAGCUCUCAGCCUUGCCCACUGAGUCGAUUCUGCAGAGACCUGACGGACAAGAUCCACAGGAGACGGCAGGAGCGGAUAGAGGAACGCAACAACCGCAACUCCAGCUCCAGCUCCAACGCCAACUCCGAUAGGCCUCUCAACUCCAUGAGACAACAGGUGUGA